AUGACCAAGGACGGUCUGCGCAAGCCCAACUACUACGGGUCGCUGACGCACGCGGCGACGUGCCGCGUGGGCAACUACCAGGGCGAGGAGGUGCACGUCCCCUUCUCCUCCCUGCUGCCCAUGGUGCACCCCAACGACAUCGUGGUCGGGGGCUGGGACAUCUCCAGCCUGAACCUGGCGGACGCCAUGGAGCGCGCGCGUGUGCUGGACUUUGAGCUGCAGAAGCAGCUGGUGCCCUACAUGCGCGGCACCGUGCCCCUGCCCGGCAUCUACGACCCCGACUUCAUCGCGGCCAACCAGGUCGGCCGCGCCGACAACCUGAUCAAGGGCAGCCGCGCGGAGCAGGUGGCGGCCGUGCGCGGGCACAUCCGCGACUUCCGCGCAGCACACUCGCUGGACUCGGUGGUGGUGCUUUGGACCGCCAACACCGAGCGCUAUGCGGAGGUGCUGGAGGGCCUGAACGACACGGCGGCCAACCUGCUGGCCGCGGUGGAGCGGGACGAGGCCGAGAUCGCGCCCUCCACCCUCUACGCGCUGGCCUGCGUGCAGGAGGGCGUGCCCUUCGUCAACGGCUCGCCCCAGAACACCUUUGUCCCCGGGCUGAUCGAGCUGGCCACAGAGGCGGGGGUCCUCAUCGGCGGCGACGACUUCAAGUCGGGGCAGACCAAGAUGAAGAGCGUGCUGGUGGACUACCUGGUGGGCGCGGGGAUCAAGCCGGUCAGCAUCGUGUCGUACAACCACCUGGGCAACAACGACGGCAUGAACCUGUCUGCCCCCGCCACCUUCCGCUCCAAGGAGAUCUCCAAGUCCAACGUCGUGGACGACAUGGUGCUGUCCAACGAGCUACUCUACGCCCCGGGGGAGCACCCGGACCAUGUGGUGGUCAUCAAGUACGUGCCCUACGUCGCCGACUCCAAGCGCGCACUGGACGAGUACGUGUCGGAGAUCUUCAUGGGCGGGCGCAACACCAUCGCCAUGCACAACACGUGCGAGGACAGCCUCCUGGCCGCGCCCAUCAUCCUGGACCUGGUCAUCCUGGCCGAGCUGCUGACGCGCAUCCGGCUGGCGCGCGAUGGCGAGGAGCUGGCGGGCCUGCACCCCGUGGCCGUGCUGCUGUCCUACCUGACAAAGGCGCCGCUGGUGCCGCAGGGCACGCCCGUGGUCAACGCGCUGGCCAAGCAGCGCGCCAUGCUGGAGAACGUCUUCCGCGCCUGUGUCGGCCUGGCCCCGGAGAACAACAUGAUGCUGGAGUUCAAGGCCUGA